AUGGACGUGUUUUUUCCAGGCUCCUCUGACGUCACGGGUCCAGGCGCAGUGAAGGGCUGGGAGCGGGGCUCGCUGACCGUGUGGUGUCGCUAUGGCCGAGGCUACGAGACCCACAAGAAGUGGUGGUGUCGAGGGGCUCACUGGGGCAGCUGCAACAUCCUUGUUCGAACCACCGGCUCGGAGCAGGAGGUGAAGAAGGGCCGCGUGUCCAUCAGGGACCAUCAAAGAAACCGCACGAUCACCGUGACCAUGGAGGCGCUCACGCGGGACGAUGCGGACACUUACUGGUGUGGGGUUGAGAGAGAAGGACAUGACCUUGGGGCCCAAGUUAAAGUGACCGUUGACCCAGCAGCCACUACAGUGUCCACCACCACCACCACCUCCUCCUCCACAGCGCCUGUCACCCCAGAAGAAGACAAAGGCUCCCCGACUAUACCCGACAGCAGGUGGGCGGACUGGGUCUGA